CCAUACUUCCAAGACUACGCUGAUGUAGUCUCGAUGGCAGUCAGACGGUUCCUCCCGGCCGCAUUCGUGGGCCACGUCAUUUGUCAAUGCUGUGUCCGCCGAACCCUAUCCGGUCUCAAGGCUCUGGUUGAGAGGACUCUUCUCUGGCUUGGGGGCUGCUGGGUCAGAGCGCUGAACAAUGUCACUUUCGACCGUAUACCGAUAUCGCGACUGACUCGGCACGACCUGGAGCAACAGCCAGGCGCCAUCCUCGCCCUGUCGUUGAUCACGGCUAUUCUCCUCAUCAUUGCGGCCGGGCAAGCGUGGUGCUUCAGGACCGAGGGCAGGAUGCCUCGGUACUUGCUCUUCUACGCCGUCGCGGGCGCGUCGUUG